CCUUAAAGAAUGAGUCAAUCGCAGCUAUUUUCCACCCAAUCUCUCGUUGUGAGAGUGCUCGCGCUCCUCUUCCCCUCUUUCUUCCCUCGCUUUGCAGUAGUUGGUGGCCAUCACGUUCUCCCCCACGUCUGCUUCAAUAAAGCCAUCACCUUCCUCUCGUUCUUUCUUCUUUUCCACAAACGCUACGAAGCAAAUAGUCUUCUUCCCUCUUCCCCACUCCGGUUCCCUUCACUAUCCUCUUGUUUUUUUUUUUUUUGCCUCUUCUUUUGAUAAGGGUCUCUAUCCUCUGUUUGUUCGUAAAGUUUCCAUCUUGGAGAGUUUUCCCUGCUUGAUUUCCUCUCUCAAGUCAAUUCCCAUCUCUGGGCUCCGUUAUUCUGCGGUCUCUCUUGUGGGGGAUCUUUCAAAUUGCGCCUUUUUCGAGCCAUUCUCUUAUCCUCUCUUUCUGGAUUCUCUCUUUGUCUCCCUUUUCCUGUGUUUUAAAUUUGUGACGUUCGGGGUUUCUCGCUUUUGAGCUCCUUUGUGUUUUCGACCGUUAGUGAGUGUUUGGGGGGGUGGUUGCCUUUUUUUGUUGCUCUGUUUUGGUUCUUGGACUCUGCUGUUGAUGCGUUGGGAGUGCAAUGUCUUUGGCCGUUGGAGCUCGUUCCAGUUCUAAGACCAUGGGAUUCCAGGAGAACAAAGAAAUUGCCGGGAAAAAUGGGACUUUGAUGGAAAACGAAGGAAAAAAAGUGGAGAAGAGAGAGGAUGGGGACGAUGUAGAGGAGGGUGAGGGAGAGGAGGUCCUAAACAGGCAGAUGAGUGAGGCCUCUCUUUAUGCCACUGAGGAUGAUGAUGGGGAGGAUGGAAAAGAGGCCAAGGGAAUCGAUUUGGGGCCGAAGGUCAGUCUCAAGGAUCAGCUGGAGAAAGAUAAGGAUGAUGAGAGCCUGAGGAGGUGGAAGGAGCAGCUUUUGGGGAGUGUGGAUUUGAGCUCUGUAGGAGAAAAUUUGGAGCCAGAGGUUAAGGUCCUAAGUCUUUCAAUCCAAUCUCCUGGUAGACCUGACAUAGUCCUUCCACUUCCUAUGGUCACGAAUUCCAAGGGUGUAUGGUUUACCUUGAAAGAAGGUAGCCCCUACAAGCUCAAGUUCUCCUUCUCUGUGAGCAACAACAUUGUCUCUGGCCUGAGAUACACCAACAGAGUCUGGAAAACUGGUGUUAAGGUGGACAGCACAAAGGAAAUGUUAGGUACCUUCAGCCCUCAAUUUGAGCCUUACACAUAUGAGGUACCAGAAGAAACCACUCCCUCAGGUAUUUUUGCGAGAGGAUCGUAUUCUGCAAGAACAAGGUUUCUUGAUGAUGAUGGUAAGUGCUACUUAGAGAUCAAUUACACAUUCGACAUCCGCAAAGAAUGGCCAUCGACAACCAGCUGAAAGCAGUGUCUCGAUCUGGAGAAUUCGCAUGCCUUCAGAGGCUUUGAAUUAUCUCAGCAAUUUCAGCAAAAUCCAGUUACUGAUAGGAAGAAAAAGGCUAAAUAUCUAUAAGGGCAGGGCAUCAAUUGUGAGGAAGCUUGGUACCAUGAGAUCUAUCCUUUUCUUUGACUUGUUAGUCUGCAAUACCGUUGUGGGUGAAAAAAUUUAUUUGUUUGAUUGUUUUGACUUGUUUCUUGUUGCAAGGUUAACCAUCUGUAUAUGGAUUGUUAAGGAAUAGCAUUGACACUGUCACAAGAAUUAGUACUAUUUGUCUACUUGUCAGCACAUAAACACCAGCUUGUCCUUGCACUUAUGU